AUGGGUAGAGAUCACACCACCAAGCAACACGUCAGAUCAGGUCACAGACAAGCUCCAAAGUCAGACAAUGUCUACUUGAAAUUGUUGGUCAAAUUGUACUCCUUCUUGGCUCGUCGUACUGAUGCUCCAUUCAACAAGGUCAUUUUGAAAUCAUUGUUUUUGUCAAAGAUCAACAGACCACCAGUUUCAGUUUCAAGAAUCUCUCGUGCUUUGAAGCAAAAAGGUUCUUCUGAGAAGACCAUCGUUGUUGUUGGUACCGUUACCGACGACAACAGAUUGUUGGAAUUCCCAAAGACCACUGUUGCUGCUUUGAGAUUCACUGCUGGUGCCAAAGCUAGAAUCAUCAAGAAUGGUGGUGAAGCUAUCACUUUGGACCAAUUGGCUUUGAGAGCUCCAAAGGGUCAAAACACUUUGAUUGUUAGAGGUCCAAGAAACGCUAGAGAAGCUGUUAGACACUUUGGUUUCGGUCCACACAAGGGUAAGGCUCCAAGAAUCUUGUCUAAGGGUAGAAAGUUCGAGAGAGCUAGAGGUAGAAGAAGAUCAAGGGGUUUCAAGGUAUAA